AAAAGCACUUUUACCAGCAGCUGAAAGUGACAACAAAAAGCUGCUGAGGGUAGUUAAGACUUGGAGAAUUCACUACGUCAACUACCAUUCAAAACAACCAAACCAAAGAACAAAGAAGCGGUAGUAGUGCUUAAAUAUAUUACCUCUUAAUCCUUUGUAUGGCAAAAGAAGAAGCAAAAACUGCUUCUUUAGACGCACCAAACCCAUCUGUGGUGGACAUAGAGAUGGCCAGAAACUCAGUGUCAUUGGCUCCUCCAAAGCCGUCGUGGUUCACUCCAAAGAGGCUACUGGCUAUUUUCUGUGUGAUCAACAUGUUGAAUUAUGUGGAUCGAGGAGCAAUUGCAAGCAAUGGUGUGAAUGGGAGCCGCAGAACUUGCACAGAUGGCACAUGCACAUCUGGUAGCGGAAUACAGGGGGAGUUUAACUUAAACAAUUUUGAAGACGGUGUUCUAUCGUCCGCUUUCAUGGUUGGAUUGCUAGUGGCUUCCCCAAUAUUUGCAUCAUUGGCAAAGAGUCUUAAUCCAUUUAGGCUUAUUGGAGUUGGAUUGUCAGUUUGGACCGUGGCUGUAAUAGGUUGUGGUUUUUCAAGGGAUUUCUGGUCCAUUACAAUCUGCCGCAUGCUAGUUGGUGUAGGGGAGGCUUCAUUUAUUAGUCUUGCAGCUCCAUUUAUUGAUGAUAAUGCUCCAGUUUCCCAGAAAACAGCAUGGCUUGGAAUAUUUUACAUGUGUAUACCAACUGGCUAUGCAAUCGGCUAUGUUUAUGGUGGCUUGGUGGGAGACCAUUUUAGUUGGCGUUAUGCAUUCUUCGGGGAGGCAAUACUGAUGUUUCCAUUUGUUGUUCUAGGUUUUGUUAUGAAGCCUUUGCAGUUGAAAGGUUUUGCUCACACAGAAUCAAAGAAAGCACUGACAGAUAUAGAGACAGCUCUUCCUGAAAGCCAAGAUGUAGAGGUUACUACUGCUAAAAGUCACACGUCCCUAAAGGAAGAUGUUGAUAACAAAAACUCAAACAAAUCUUCCAAGUCAAAAGAUAGUAAUAUCAUUAAAGAUCUGAAAGUUCUUUUGGUUGAUAAGGUGUAUGUCAUCAAUGUUCUAGGUUAUAUAGCAUACACUUUUGUCAUAGGCGCUUACUCGUAUUGGGGACCAAAGGCUGGUCGUAGCAUUUACAACAUGAGUGAUGCAGAUAUGAUCUUUGGUGGAAUUACUGUUGUCUGUGGCAUAUUGGGCACAAUAGCAGGAGGUUAUAUUCUGGAUUAUAUGAAUUCGACAAUCUCUAAUGCUUUUAAGCUUCUCUCAGCGACAACAUUUGUUGGGGCAAUAUUUUGCUUUGGUGCCUUUUGUAAUAAGAACUUGUAUGCUUUCCUUGCUCUUUUCUCCAUUGGUGAACUAUUGGUCUUCGCCAUUCAGGGUCCUGUAAAUUACAUAAGUCUCCAUUGUGUUAAACCAAGUUUGAGACCGCUAUCUAUGGCUGUCUCUACUGUUUCGAUUCACAUCUUUGGAGAUGUUCCUUCCUCGCCACUUGUUGGGGUUCUUCAGGACCGUGUUAACAAUUGGAGGGAGACUGCUCUUAUUCUGACCGCCAUAUUAUUUCCAGCAGCAGUGAUAUGGUUUAUAGGAAUAUUUCUGCACAGCGUGGAUAGAUUUAAUGAAGAAAGUGAGCAUCAAGUGAGUAGGACAGAAAGGUCAAACACAACACCGUUGCUUGAAGAAAGAAAACCAGAAACAGAAACUUCUGCACAACCACAGUAAGGUUUUUACAGCGUUUUUGGAAUUAUAGAUUAGAUGAAUUCAUUUUUUUGUGUAAAUAAUGUCUCUAGUUUGAGCAGAAUGCGUUUAUAUUUUCACAGUUCAGAAAAAGAAACAAUGUGAGACAAAAAAUUUCCCACCUUUUGCUAUUCAUGAAAUAGUAAAUACAAAAUUAUCUGCUUGGUUCAGUCAUCUCCAUUCUGCCUCUAUAUAUCAGUCGUCCUGUGAAUGUUAACAAGGCUGAAAGCAACUUCAACACUCUGUUUA